CCCAGGCCAGGGAGACGAUGGGACUCUUUAUAUGAACCUGUUCUCACCCCAGGUGAGAUCAUCAGUGGAAAGAAAGUGAAGCCCCACUCCAGACCCUACAUGGCCUAUCUGAAUAUUCGACAUGAAGACAGGAAGGUUCGCUGCGGAGGGUUCCUCGUGGCAAAGAACUUUGUGCUGACGGCUGCUCACUGCAAUGGAGACAAGAUCACUGUGUACCUGGGAGCCCAUAACAUUAAACAACAGGAACAGAGCCAACAGAAAAUCUCUGUGCGCCGCCGGAUCCCCCAUCCGCAAUACAACAGAGAGACCCAUAACAAUGACAUCAUGCUGCUGCAGCUGGGGCGCAAGGCAAAGCUCAACAAACAGGUGAGGCUCAUCCGUCUCCCCCAGGCUCAUCAGCGAGUGCGACCAGGGACCAUGUGCAGUGUCGCUGGCUGGGGCCGCACCAGCGCACUCAGUAAGAGGCUCCCUAAUGUGCUCCGGGAGGUGGAUUUGAAGGUGCUGGACGAUGAGGCCUGUCUGAACUAUCCUGGUGGGACAUAUCGUAAAUAUAACACCUGCACGAUGAUGUGUGUGGGGGACCCAAAGGAGCAGAAAGCCUCUUUCAAGGGUGACUCUGGGGGCCCCCUGGUGUGUGGGAAAACAGCCCAAGGUGUCGUCUCUUGGGGGCCUGUCAAUGGGAGCCCCCCAGGGGUCUACGCGAGAGUCUCCACCUUCAUCCCCUGGAUACGGAGGACGAUGAGGAGGCUGCAGCCCUGAGCCCGAUGGGAA